AUGAGUCAACAAGUGGACCAAGUUGUAGAGGAAUACAAGAAUUACGACAUUGAUGGCCUCAGAAGAGAGCUACAGGAUGAACUCGGCCAGGAAAUCAAUAACCUCAAGAGAAACCAAGAGUCUCAUAUCGGUGAAUUGACUAAGAAAGUUGAUGGAUACGAAAGACUUCAAGGAGAGCAUAAAGAUCUUCAAAAAGAAAACAAUCAUGGACAUGAAAAUAGGAAGACUGUCCUUGUACAUAUCCAAGAGGAAAACAUCAAGUUUGACAAGUUCGCACAGGAUGCCUCUGAGGAGAAAGCUAAGCUUAGAGACGAUCUAGCCAACAAGGAGCAUCCUUUGAGACAACUCCAAGACCAGAUCGCUGUUUUAGGCUUAGAUAACAAGAACUUGCAGUUAAUCAUUGACACUGAAGCUGCUCUCAGAGAAGCCAAGGCUAAUGCUGAGACUAAUGCAGUUAGGUUUGUUAAUACCGACCUUAAGGAUCAAGUCCAAAGAAUAGAGAAUGAUAUUGUAGACGAGAAAAAUAAGAAAGAUGAAGCUAAGAGAAUCUUUGACGAGCUCCAAGCUAAGAACAAAGAUGCACAAAAAGUCUUUGAAGAUCUCUUGAGCGAAGCUGAAAAGAAAAGGGAUGAUGUCCAACAAAACCUCGCUGAGUUAAAGAAGGUCCUCGGAGAUAAGAGAGCAGCUAACCAAAAGCUUCAAGUUCAAGUUGAAGAAAAUGAAUCUGGCAUUAUUAAGUUUAGAGAAGAAAUUACUCAACUGAAUAAUGAUAUUAACACUCUUAGGAACUCAAGUGAAAAUUCAAUCAAAAACUUGGAAGAUGAAAGAGAGAGAAAUGAGAGGAUUAUAAACGACUUGCGUGGCAAACUCUCUGAUGCUGACCACGAUCACUCUAAGUUAAAGAUUUUGAUUGCUAAAACAAGAAAUGAGAUCGAAUAUCUUAAUUCUGAAAAAUCUAAGCAUCAAAGCCAAAACUACCAGAAGAGAAUUGAUGAUUUCUUGAAAAGUAUUACUGAUUCUGAGAACAAGUCACAAAACCUAAGUGAAGAACUCUCUAAGCUCAAUGCUGAAUGGCAAGAAAGACUCCUCAAGACAACCAGAGAGACAGAGGAAGUAAUCAAAAAGAAUGAGCACGAAGAUCACGUUAGAAGAAUCCAACUCCUUCUUACCCUUCUUGAAGAAAAAAAUGCUGAGCUGGAAGAACUCAAGAACAGGAAAAAUGAGAUCGAGAGACAGCUCUCCAGCGAGUCUUCCGAUGCUAAAGAUGCUAGAAUCCAAGGACUUCAAAAGGAAUUGGAGGAGAUCAACAGAAAACUCCAAGAAGCGUUAGGUGAAAAAAAUCAGUUAUACGACGACCUGGUUUCUAACACUAGAGAACUUCUUGCUAUUAAUGACACUAUCCAAAAGAACGCCCAAGAAAUUGCCAGACUCACUCAAGAGCUCUCUAUUCUGAGAAAGGAACUCGAACAAAAGGAGAAAAUCAUCUACGAUCUUAGAAUCAUCCUUGAAGAAAAGAGAAGAGAAAUUGAAGAACUUGAAGUUACUCUAAAAGAAAGAGAACUCGAGGCUGAAAGACUUAGACAACUUAUUGCUGAAAAGGAUGCCCAGAUUAGAGAAUUAGAAGAACAGGUUGCUGCCAUGAAUGCUAAGCCACCAACUCCAGAGCCAGUUGAGGAGGAACCACCAGAGGUCCCACAGAUCGAAAUCACCGAUGAUGUUGAUGCUAUGCUUGCUCAAUACAUCAACAUUGCUGGAUGUCCAGUUCCAAUCAAAAGAUUAGGAGGAGGAUAUUACAUGUUCGGUACUAAGAAGAUCUAUGCUAAGAUCCUCAAUGGACAACUCGUGGUCAGAGUUGGAGGUGGUUACAUGAACAUCGAAGAGUUCAUCAAAUGCUAUGCUGAUCAAGAACUAAUCAAAGUUAACAAGAGAAGACAGCAAGGACUAGAUAUCUUCACUGGAAAGCCUGUUGUUGCAGAUGAUGCUGGAAAGUCUCCUAAGGGAAGAAGAUCUCCAAAGGGCUCAAGAUCUCCAGGCGGAAAGAUUGCUGGUACAAAUUGUCCAACUUCUCUGACUGCUAAUGAUAUCAAGAAGUACAAAGAAAACUAAUCUUUGAUGCUCUUACUCUUCAUUUACAAGUUCAAAAAUUUAUAU